ACUCUUCUGUCGAUCCCAGAAUGCCAAGUAAACCACGCCAAAGCCAAGUCAAAGCCAAGACUUCCAUCGUUGGUUUCCGCGGGUCCCGUUGGCUCCUGCUUUGCCAAGACCAAGCUUUCGCUCUUCAGGAACAGCCCAGCGAUCGCACCUGCCAGAUGCAGGGAAGUACUUUCGUAG